AUGAUCAUUCACAAUGCAAUUUCUUACGACCCUAAUAAUCCGAAAAUUCUUGGACAGUCGUUGGAUGUUCGGUUUUCGGACGUUUUACCUCACUGCAUAAGGUACUAUUUGUCAUUCAAAGAAGAGUUGCGGAGCAACGAGAAUGUGAUGUUGAUACUAGGACUACUGGUCGUGUUUGACGCAGAAACCCUCGGUUUGCAAGACCGAGAUAGUGUUUCUAGACAAUUUUCAUUCUACAGUUCUUUACUUCAAAGAUUACUCUAUUCAUUGGGUGGUAACGAUAGUGUGCGAUCAACAGCCGACUAUCGCCAUUUAUUAGAGCGAUUGAAUGCAGUAGGAGAAGUGGCCAGCCAUGCGAUCACAAUGUCACAUGAAUUGGAUUCGACAGAUGUUGAACGUCUUCUGCAUGAAUUUCUUGAUUGA